CUCCAGGCCUGCACGGAGUUAUAUACAUUCUGGGAUAAGUAGCGUGGCAAUAAGCCAUCUCCUUCGAAUCCAACACCUAAAGACCAUUAGCAGUGAUCAACGACUGGCUUCUAUCUGGACUCUGGCCCUCGUGUCCUGAGUUAUUAUCCACGAACCAUGGCUCCUAGGGAUUUCGAAGACGCAAUCGCUCAAUAUGUCUUCGAUGAAACCCCCAUUCACUUGAUCCAUAUUCCAGAUAUGAAACUCAUCGAUCGCGGCGCUGUUUUGCGUCACUUCCUCACUGUUGUACGAGACAUGACAGAAGAAGACAUCCAGGCGCAGUGCGCUGACCUCCAUCUUUCUCGAGAAGAUGUGAUUGCGAAUGUCGUGCGGAAACGUGUGCGAUAUGCAAUUUUCUCCCACAGGUGGCUUGCCGAAGGAGAAGUGACUUAUCAAGAGAUGGCGGGGGGCAUUCAGCCCCACGGUCCUGGAUUCGCAAAGUUGGAAAGUUUUUGCGCAGCUGCGUCGAGAUAUGGGAUGGUUUUUGCUUGGUCAGAUACAUGCUGCAUCGACAAAACAAGUAGCUCUGAGCUCGAUGAAUCGCUCCGAUCCAUGUUCAAGUGGUACCGCAAUUCCUCAAUCUGCAUCGCAUACCUUUCUCAAACCAUCAGAGUCGCUGAUCUGGAGAAGGAUUUAUGGUUCACCAGGGGCUGGACGCUACAAGAGCUUCUAGCCCCAAAGCGAUUAAAGUUCUUUGGAGCUGGAUGGUUGCCGUUGACCAUCCAAGAUAAUGAUAAGGCUGAUUAUCACGUCAUCAAAAUGAUAGAAAGAGUCACAUCUAUCUCCAGGCGCGAGCUUAGCGACUUCAUCCCUGGCUCGCAUGAUGUCGCUAAACGUAUGACUUGGGCGGCGAACAGAAAAACCACGAGAGGAGAGGACAUGGCGUAUUCCUUGAUGGGAAUUUUCCAUGUCGUCCUGCCCAUUGCUUAUGGAGAAGGGUCUGAACGAGCAUUCUUCAGGCUCGUCGAAGCUAUCAUCCAGACGUCGGACGAUCUGCGAAUUUUCAAUUGGGCAGGUCGUCCCGCUAUCACGAACCAUCCUUCUCGAGCUCUUCCCUCCUCGCCAAGAUGCUAUGUCGGGCAGCCGUACUGCCCGCCGAUUCGAAGAGCAUUUUCACUGACAAACAGUGGGCUACGCAUCAAGCUAAUGAUUCUGCCCGCUGAGCUGAGCUGGCCAUCCAACAACCAUGUGACAUCUUCUCGUCAAGCCGGCUUUCACAGCGAAAUUGACGGCGUGCACGUAACAGAUGUCCAAGUAACAGGAAAUUUCCUGUCAUAUGGUGAUUGCGUACAGGAUGCUACCGCCGAUGUUGACAGCAUCGUCUCAGACUAUGCUCUCGGGGUAUGGAACUACCGGGAGACCCCAUCCGGAGAUGCCGAGCUUCCUCGCAAUUGCCUCGCUUUCAUACUGAUGCGAACAGUGGAGCCAGUACCUGUCAUGAGCAUCAAUUUCCACUGGUGCAAGAAUCCGUGGCGUAAACAUCCGACUGCAAACUUCGUCGAGUUCGAAUUCUUGACUGAUCCCUCUCAGGAACGCCUAUCUUUGACACGAUUGGUUGAGUCUGUAUCGCUCUGACUACUGCUACAAAAUUACAGCUUAUGGUUGUUAUAAAAUCCGCUAUCAAUGAACUUUACAUCGUUUGGUCGACAUCUUCGAGUCCACCUGCUGAGCCUAUCUCACUCCGAUUGCCUGUCCACCA